CACACUUCAGAAUAGUUAACGUUAGCGUGUAAGUGUCCGUGACUUGCCACCGUUUGGAUAUAUUGCCGUUAGUCAAAACACAUCCAGUGAAGUGUAUCUAGCAUUAAUGCGUGAAUUUAUUUAAACCUGCUGUUUCUUUAUCAUUAUCGUUAACGCUAGUGUACGUCGCUAACUAGCAUUACUUCUGUAAAAUCCCUACACCCCUUCCAUAAGUUAAUCAGUCAGUUUACCAGGUGUAAGGCUACAAGAGGAUCCCCCUGCUGGUGUUAGUGGUGCCCCAUCAGAAAACAACAUCAUGGUGUGGAAUGCAGUCAUAUUUGGCCCUGAAGGAACUCCUUUUGAGGAUGGUACAUUUAAACUCAUUGUAGAAUUCACAGAAGAAUACCCCAACAAGCCCCCCACAGUACGAUUUGUGUCAAAGAUGUUUCAUCCAAAUGUCUAUGCAGAUGGCAGUAUAUGUUUGGACAUCCUUCAGAAUCGUUGGAGUCCCACCUAUGAUGUAUCCUCUAUUCUCACAUCUAUCCAGUCUCUGCUUGAUGAACCAAACCCCAACAGUCCAGCCAACAGUCAGGCAGCUCAGCUCUACCAGGAGAAUAAACGGGAGUACGAGAAGCGUGUGUCUGCCAUCGUAGAACAAAGCUGGAGAGACAGUUGACCUGACAGUCCUGAUAGCUGCUCUCUCCAAUGUUGUGUGCUGCAAGUUUUAGUGGAGUACUUCUUAAUUUUGGCCCCCUUCCAGACUUUUUGAUUUUAAACUUUUAUGCACUUUACCUUCAAUUUCCACACAUGGACCCCCCCCACGCUAAGGGGGAUGUAUUUUUUUCUUCUUCAUCCCCUUUUCCAGUCCAUCAAGGGAAAUGUGCUGACUCUUGCCUUGAUGUUUUGUCAGUAUGGACUUGUGGGCAAUUACCAAAAAAUUUUAGUAUGUUAUAUAAAUUGCUGUGAUAACUCCCCAUGACAAAUUAUGUUAAGUCCUAGGAGGUGUAUUCAUUAAGUCACAGGUCCUCUUCUAUUGUACCCCUGAUCUGUUCUCAAGUUUUUCUAUAUGACAGUUUGCCUGGGCUCCAUUGUGAUCACCCUGCCUUUCCUCAGGAGAAUGAGCGGCCUGAGCAUCAUGGACUACAACUAUAUUGAACAUCUUUACACCAUCUUUGCUGUGUUGUGAGCUUUGUUACAUGCAUGUCAAAGAGUGUAUUCACGUUCCUGUUCAGUGCUUGUGUGUAUAUAAAGAACCUGCAACUGAAUUAUGUACAGAUUUUGCACUGGUUGUCCACCAUGUCAUUUUUUUCAGCACUUGUAAAUAAAAAAAAAAUGCUAAUCAA